GUGCUCGCUGCUCCCCAUCACUCCACUCCACCACUCCCCCUCACGCACACCAAAGCUUCACCUCAGCUGCCACCUUGCAUAAACCACACCGCGGCUUCCCUUCAUCCUUCCACGGCAUUGCCCUGCCGCUCGACCAUGGACUCCCGGUGCUUCCUCGCCGUUCUCUUCCUCCUCCUCUCCCUGCACCCGCACCUCGCCGCCUCCUACCUGCGCGCCAGGAACAACUACAUCGUGCACCUCGACCCGAUGGCCCGCCCCGCCGACUCCCUCGAGGACUGGCACCGCUCCUUCCUCCCGCAGGCAACGGCGCCGCUCGAUUCGGACGACGACGCCGGCCCGCGCAUUAUAUACUCCUACACCGACGUCUUCACCGGCUUCGCGGCGCGCCUCACGGACGACGAGGCCGACGCGCUGCGGGCCACGGACGGCUGCCUCAGGCUCUACCCGGAGGCGUUCCUGCCGCUCGCCACCACCCGCUCGCCGGCCUUCCUCGGCCUCCGCCUCGGCAACGAGGGCUUCUGGAGCCGCUCCGGCUUCGGCCGCGGGGUGGUCAUCGGGAUCCUCGACACGGGGAUCCUGCCCAGCCACCCCUCCUUCGGCGACGACGGCAUCGACCCGCCCCCCAAGACCUGGAAGGGCGCCUGCGAGUUCAAGUCCGUCGCCGGCGGCGGCUGCAACAACAAGAUCAUCGGGGCGCGCGCGUUCGGCAGCGCGGCUGUCAACUCCUCCGCGCCCCCCGUCGACGACGCGGGCCACGGCACCCACACGGCCAGCACCGCCGCGGGCAGCUUCGUGGAGAACGCCAACGUCCGGGGCAACGCCGACGGCACCGCCUCCGGGAUGGCCCCGCACGCGCACCUCGCCGUAUACAAGGUCUGCUCCCGCACCCGCUGCUCCAUCAUGGACAUCAUCGCGGGGCUCGACGCCGCCGUCAAGGACGGCGUCGACGUCCUCUCCUUCUCCAUCGGCGCCUCCUCCGGCACGCAGUUCAACUACGACCCCAUCGCCAUCGCCGCCUUCAAGGCCAUGGAGCGCGGCAUCGUCGUCAGCUGCGCCGCCGGCAACGCCGGCCCGGACCCCGGCUCCGUCGGCAACGGCGCGCCCUGGAUGCUCACCGUCGCCGCCGGCACCAUGGACCGCGCGAUACGCACCACCGUCAAGCUCGGCACCGGCGACGAGUUCGACGGCGAGUCGCUGUUCCAGCCCGGGAACAACUCCGCCGCCGCGCCGCUCCCGCUCGUCUACCCCGGCGCCGACGGCUCCGACACCAGCCGCGACUGCAGCGUGCUGCGCGGCGCCGAGGUGGGCGGCAAGGUGGUGCUCUGCGAGAGCAGGGGCCUCAACGGCCGCAUCGAGGCCGGCCAGACCGUGGCCGCGUACGGCGGACUCGGCAUGAUCGUCAUGAACAGGGCACCCGAAGGCUACACCACCUUCGCCGACCCGCACGUCCUCCCGGCCUCGCACGUCAGCUACGACGCCGGGACCAAGAUCGCCGCCUACGCCAACUCCACCGCCAGCCCGACGGCGAGCAUCGCGUUCAAGGGCACGGUCAUGGGCGCGUCCCCCGCGCCGGCCGUCACCUUCUUCUCGUCCCGGGGUCCCAGCAGGGCCAGCCCGGGCAUCCUCAAGCCGGACAUCACAGGCCCCGGCAUGAACAUCCUCGCGGCGUGGGCGCCCAGCGAGUCGCACACCGAGUUCUCCGACGGCGGGGUCGGCCUCUCCUUCUUCGUCGAGUCCGGCACCUCCAUGUCCACGCCGCACCUCAGCGGCAUCGCCGCGCUGCUCAAGGGCCUGCACCCGGACUGGUCACCCGCGGCGAUCAAGUCGGCCAUCAUGACCACGUCGGACGCGGUCGACCGCACCGGCGUGCCGCUCAAGGACGAGCAGUACCGCCACGCCACCUUCUACGCCAUGGGGGCCGGGUACGUGAACCCGGAGCUCGCCGUCGACCCCGGCCUGGUCUACGACCUCCACGCCGACGACUACCUCCCCUACCUCUGCGGCCUCGGCAUCGGCGACGACGGCGCCACGGAGAUCGCCCACCGCCCCGUCGCCUGCGCCAGCCUCAAGCCCACCACCGAAGCGGACCUCAACUACCCGUCCCUCGUCGUCAACCUGCUGGCCCAGCCAAUCACGGUCAACCGCACGGUCACCAACGUCGGGAAGCCGGGCUCCAUCUACACCGCCGUCGUCGACAUGCCCGGAGACGUGUCGGUGACGGUGCAGCCGCCGAUGCUGCGCUUCACGGAGCUCAACGAGAAGCAGAGCUUCACGGUGACGGUGCGGUGGGCUGGACAGCCCAACGUCGCCGGCGCCGAGGGCAACCUCAAGUGGGUCUCCGAGGAUCACAUCGUGAGGAGCCCCAUUGUUGUUCCAGCCAAGGCCGCCUAGUAAUCUUGCAACCGGCAGUUCCCUCUGUAUAGCUAGCUAGCAUCACUAGGCUACUGCGCUUCCAUGCGAACCGGUGAUAUGUUCUUCCCAGAAUGUACUCAAUCUCAGAGUCA